UCCCUGCAUUUCACAUUCGCUACUGUUUUCCAACCAUGGACUACAUCCAUGUUUCACUUAGCCUGCUUCUACAACUCCUCUAUUUUACAGCUCAUGGCACAGAUGUGGCAGAAAGUGAUUUUUCCACAUUCACCAUGGCCAACGAACAACAACCAUAUGGACCAGUGAGUCACACCAUUCGUGGUCCAGAUGCAGUCACAGUGGGCGUGCCCUGUAGCUUUGUGUGCUUGGCUCAGUGCUCACCUGAAUGCAGUUACACAGUCAGCAUUGAUGACCACAGCAUAGAGCACAAAGAGCUGGUCUUUACUUUAAAGCACUGGGAGAGCUCAAAAACAGUUACCUGCACUGCUAAAAACUCUGCCACUGGAAGUUCCUCAAUAGUCAGGAAAACUCUGUACAUUUUGGAAGGGCCAGUAAACGUUUCCAUUAGUGGCCCACACACUCUCACUCCAGCUGAGACUCAGCGCUUCCUGUGCACUGCACACUGCAGGCCUUUCUGUACAUACUUCUGGGUUAUUGAUGGAGAUUCAAUUGCUGGCUCUGGAGAUGAGGUGGUCAUUAGGCCACCCUCAGAGGCCACCUCAGGGACCCUCUUAUGCAAAGCUACAAACAGUGUGUCUGGAUUGUUUGCUAUUGCAAUUCUAAAACUAAGAGUUCCAUCUCAGAGCACAGAUAUGGCAGAAAAGGAAAUUCUUACUACCUAUCAGACCACUGCUGACCAACCAUAUGGACCAGUAAAUCUUACCAUUUAUGGUCCAGAUGCGGUCACAGUAGGCGUGCCCUGUAGCUUUGUGUGCUUGGCUCAGUGCUCACCUGAAUGCAGUUAUACAAUCAGUGUUGAUGGUCAGAGCGGAGAGGGCAAUGAGCUGGCCUUUACUUUAAAGCAGUGGGAGAGCUCCAAAACAGUGACCUGCACUGCUAAAAACUCUGUCAAUAGACGUUCCUCCAGCAUCACCAAGACACUUCAGAUUUUGGAGGGGCCAGUAAACGUCUCCAUCAGCGGCCCACACACUCUCACUCCAGCUGAGACUCAGCGCUUCCUUUGCACUGCACACUGCAGGCCUUUCUGUACAUACUUCUGGGUUGUUGACGGAGAUUCAGUUGCUGGCUCUGGAGAUGAGGUGGUCAUUAGGCCACCCUCAGAGGUCACCUCAGGGACCCUCUUAUGCAAAGCUACAAACAGCGUAUCUGGAUUGUUUGCUAUUGCAAUUCUAAAACUAAGAGUUCCAUCUCAGAGCACAGAUAUGGCAGAAAAGGAAAUUCUUACUACCUAUCAGACCACUGCUGACCAACCAUAUGGACCAGUAAAUCUUACCAUUUAUGGUCCAGAUGCGGUCACAGUAGGCGUGCCCUGUAGCUUUGUGUGCUUGGCUCAGUGCUCACCUGAAUGCAGUUAUACAAUCAGUGUUGAUGGUCAGAGCGGAGAGGGCAAUGAGCUGGCCUUUACUUUAAAGCAGUGGGAGAGCUCCAAAACAGUGACCUGCACUGCUAAAAACUCUGUCAAUAGACGUUCCUCCAGCAUCACCAAGACACUUCAGAUUUUGGAGGGGCCAGUAAACGUCUCCAUCAGCGGCCCACACACUCUCACUCCAGCUGAGACUCAGCGCUUCCUUUGCACUGCACACUGCAGGCCUUUCUGUACAUACUUCUGGGUUGUUGACGGAGAUUCAGUUGCUGGCUCUGGAGAUGAGGUGGUCAUUAGGCCACCCUCAGAGGUCACCUCAGGGACCCUCUUAUGCAAAGCUACAAACAGCGUAUCUGGAUUGUUUGCUAUUGCAAUUCUAAAACUAAGAGUUCCAUCUCAGAGCACAGAUAUGGCAGAAAAGGAAAUUCUUACUACCUAUCAGACCACUGCUGACCAACCAUAUGGACCAGUAAGUCUUACCAUUUAUGGUCCAGAUGCGGUCACAGUGGGCGUGCCCUGUAGCUUUGUGUGCUUGGCUCAGUGCUCACCUGAAUGCAGUUAUACAAUCAGUGUUGAUGGUCAGAGCGGAAAGGGCAAUGAGCUGGCCUUUACUUUAAAGCAGUGGGAGAGCUCCAAAACAGUGACCUGCACUGCUAAAAACUCUGUCAAUAGACGUUCCUCCAGCAUCACCAAGACACUUCAGAUUUUGGAGGGGCCAGUAAACGUCUCCAUCAGCGGCCCACACAACCUCACUUCAGAUGAACCUGAGCGGUUCCUGUGCACUGCCACCUGCAGGCCCUCCUGUAACUACACCUGGAUUAUUGAUGGAGAGCCAGUGGAUGGCUCUGGAAAUGAGGUGGUCAUCAGACCAUCUAAAGAGGCCACCUCAGCCACUUUGAUCUGCAAGGCUACAAAUAGCGUGUCUGGAUUGUUUGCUGCAGCAGUACGAAUGCUAGGUGCUUCAAGUGGGCUCAGAAACUAUGGCAGGUCCUUAUCAGAAGACGCAGAGCUGCUGCCAAAACUGCCGUUUGCAUUCGUGUCAGUUUUACUAGCAGUAAUUCCACCAUGAACCAGUAAAGAGUAUCAGGACUUCACUAUGAUCAAUUAUUUGGAUGCAAAAGGAUGGAACAUUGCAUUACUUUGUCUGUAAGAAGAAGGACUUGAAACUACAAAUAAAAUUUAUAUUUUCCUUUUUCAUUUUUUUAAAACUUUCAUUUGAUACAUUAUUGUCAUUCCUUCUACUUAAAAAAAUGUGCAAUACUGUGUAACUUUGCCACAUUAAUUGAGAAUUGUAUUCAUGCUGUCUUAAUAUGGUAAUAAAUCCUAAUCUAACGUGUUCAAUUAAAAAGACAGUUCAACUUUAAUAAA